AAUAUGCCGAAGCAAGUAGAAGUGCGGAUGCAUGAAAGUCAUUUGAGUCCAGUGGAGCACAGAUCUGGGAACAUAUGUGUGCAGUUCUUCAAGUCGCUCCGCAGGAAUCUGCUCCUGACUCUUACUGUAUUUGGUGUCAUCCUGGGUGCAUUAUGUGGGGGUCUUCUUCGUCUGGCAACACCUAUUGACCCUGACAUCAUCAUGUUAAUAGCCUUCCCAGGAGAUAUACUUAUGAGGAUGCUAAAAAUGUUGAUCCUCCCUUUAAUUAUCUCCAGUUUAAUCACAGGACUGUCUGGUUUAGAUGCUAAAGCAAGUGGCCGAUUGGGAACGAGAGCCAUGGUCUACUACAUGUCCACCACUAUUAUUGCUGCCGUGCUGGGUGUGAUUCUGGUUUUAGCUAUCCAUCCAGGAAAUCCAAAACUCAAGAAACAGCUUGGUCAAGGGAAGAAGAAUGAUGAAGUAUCUAGUCUGGAUGCUUUCUUGGAUCUGAUCCGAAACCUGUUCCCUGAAAAUCUAGUCCAAGCAUGUUUUCAGCAGAUCCAAACUGUCACCAAGAAAGUGCUGGUGCCACCACCCAUUGAAGAGCCACCUAAUGUUACUGACUCUGCUUUUGCUCUGAUGAAUGAGACAGUGCGUGAAGCACCACCAGAAGCCCAGCUAGUCAUUAAGAAGGGACUUGAAUUUAAGGAUGGCAUGAAUGUCCUGGGUUUAAUAGGAUUCUUUAUUGCUUUUGGCAUUGCUAUGGGGAAAAUGGGAGAACAAGCCAAGAUGAUGGUGGAUUUCUUCAAUAUCCUGAAUGAGAUCGUAAUGAAGUUAGUAACUAUGAUUAUGUGGUAUUCCCCUUUGGGCAUUGCUUGUCUCAUCUGUGGAAAAAUCAUUGCAAUCAAGGACCUUGAAGUAGUUGCUAGACAACUUGGCAUGUACAUGGUAACUGUGAUUGUGGGCCUUGUCAUCCAUGGAGGAAUCUUCCUGCCUCUGCUUUACUUUGUGAUAACGAGAAAAAGCCCCUUUUCAUUCCUUGCUGGGAUUUUCCAGGCGUGGAUCACAGCACUAGGCACAGCUUCCAGUGCUGGAACACUGCCUGUCACAUUCCGCUGUCUUGAGGAAAAUCUAGGCAUUGAUAAGCGUGUAACGAGGUUUGUUCUUCCUGUUGGAGCAACUAUUAACAUGGAUGGAACUGCCCUUUAUGAAGCUGUGGCUGCCAUUUUCAUAGCACAGAUGAAUGGAAUUGAGCUGGAUGGAGGCCAGAUAGUUACUGUGAGUUUGACUGCCACUCUUGCAAGUGUUGGAGCUGCCAGUAUUCCCAGUGCUGGACUCGUCACUAUGCUUCUCAUCCUGACUGCAGUGGGUCUCCCUACCCAGGACAUCAGUUUGCUUGUUGCUGUUGACUGGCUAUUGGACCGGAUGAGAACAUCAGUCAAUGUAGUGGGGGAUUCUUUUGGUGCUGGCAUCGUCUACCACCUUUCCAAGGCAGAACUUGACAGCAUUGAUUCUCAUCAUAAAGAGCACGAAGACAUUGAAAUGACCAAGACUCAGUCUAUCUAUGACGACAUGAAAAAUCAUAGGGAAAACAACUCAAACCAGUGUGUUUUUGCAGCUCACAACUCAGUCAUAGUAGAUGAGUGCAAGGUAACACUGGCAACCAAUGGCAAAUCCGCAGACAUCAAUGUUGAAGAAGAGCCUUGGAAACGUGAAAACUAAGGGAAGAGAUUCCCAGCUCCAUCUUUAAUAAAUCCUGAAGCUUUCUUCUGGUAAAAGAUAUCACGAUUAAGGAAGAUUUCUCUCUCUCUCUCUCUUUUUUUUUUUUUUUUUUAACAUCUACAGUUUCUGCUUAAUUUCUUAACUGAAACUUAGCAAAGAUCUCAUAUAGUCAAUGUAGUGUCUUUGCCAAACAGUGAUCCAUAACCAUCUGUCUCCCUUGUGUUACUGUUUGGACAAUGCAGCUGAAGAAUACUCCAUGCAGUGUGAUGUGUUCUCACCUGCCUUCCCGUUCAUUCAAGACACAGAGAAUGUAAAUGCUGCAAAAUGGAAAGAUCAUAAUGCCAGUACGGCUCACUAAAGGGACUCAGGGUCACAAAUAGUUACAGAAAUAUAUAACUUCAUACAAGCCUUCUAGUGAUUCAAUGACUCUUGUGGCAUAAUUGAUCUAGUUAGCACUGUAUGGCUGAAACAGCUUUUGAAAGUGUCCAUAAAGUUUUCUAUUUGUUACAAUAAUAAUAAGCUCCUGACAUGGGAAGCACUGAAUUUUUGUGCCUAGUUGUACUUUAAACAGAACUGAGAUCCAGGGGCGAGAUUAAUAUGUGGAAGUCAAUAAAUGAUCCCAGACCUUUUGUUAGACUAGUACAAUUAAUAUUUGGCAUUAAGACCUUAGAUUUGCAUGUGCAUGCGAUGUAUUUUUAUCAGCUGUCCAGGGCAGAUGCCACCCCCAUUUUAUUAGAUCACAUUUUAUUGUGACCACAGUGCAUCACAUAACACAAGGCAGUAUUAUUGCAGGGGUGAUAAUUUUUAAAUCCAUGCCAGCUGUACAAAAUAUAGAGCACCAUGGGCUCAAUUAUGUCAUUCUUAAUCAAAGUAGGUAGCACCUUACUAGUCACCCUACUCCACUGAUGUCAGAGGGAGUCUUCAUGGGGAAGGGGCUACUCAAAUAAGAUACUACUGAAUGUGAGCAAGGAUGUCAUGACAGGGUACUUGAUAAUGCUCUGUAAACAAAUUCUGAGUAUAUUACACUAAGUAAUUGGAGGUUUUGAAUGUAACCAUCAGUGGCAUGAAGUGUGUCUUCCAAACAUGUCAUAUGUCAUAGAAUGACUAAAUCCUAAAAUUAUUACUAAGCCAAAUUCCUGGUUAAGGUUACUAGAAUUUGGCCAAGGUUUGGAUUCAUGAAGAAUAAACUAGAGUUACAGGAUUUAGACCAAUGCAUUGAAUAUAGUUCUGUCUUUCUCUCUUUUGCAGAGUAAUGAUUCAUAUAAAUCUCUUUCAGAAAAGUUUCUAAGAGCACAUAGCAUCUGCAUUAGAAAGAUGGUGUUUUGUCAACAUACUAUAGCUUAUUCAUCCUAUCAGAAGAAAUUGCAGUCACAAUAAUCACCUUGUGUUUUUAAAGGUGCUUGUUAAUAUUCUGCAAUUUUGAGACUCUGGUGAACGCCUCUCUACUACUAACCAUGUUCUAUAGCAAAGCUGAGCCAGGUGGGCCCUGUGAGGCUGAACCCACAGAGUAGGCCCUAUGCAAGGUCUGGGAGAACUCUCAGGGGUUCUCAGGUAUGGUGAGCUUAGAAAUGGCAGAGAAAAGAGCUGAAUUUAGAGAUGGGGCCAUUCAGCAUCUGUGCUCAAGACCUGUUGUAGGUGUAAGCAGAAGUUGCGCGUUUAACUGUGAAGUGGUAUUUGGCUCUACAGAAGCUAUUAGAAUAUAAAUAUAAUGUGCUUUUGCUCCUCUGCAUUCAUAUAAAGACCUCUGAAAAAGCUGCUCACAUUCUGAAUUAUGUGCAAGUCGAAGUUCACUGUCAGAGCACCCCUUGUCAUGCAUUCCUUGGUGUGGAAUAUUUUUUUUGUCCUUGUAUUUUGUCCUCACAAUUCAUCACAAUGAUCCUAAGCAAGUCAGCUUGAAUAAUCUAGCAAGUAUAGAACCACUGUGAAUUCUAUAGGCCUCUAAUAUGUAUUAGAGGUGGGUACCUUUUCUAGAGGUCUUGUGAAUCAUCUUAAGGAUGUUUUUUGUGAUGUAUAGAACAGUAGAAUAUCCAGAGAAGUGGUAGGCAGGUGGUCUUCUCUUUUCUUUGGUCACUGAUAUCAAAAUAACCAGAACUAACCUUCAGUUGCUGCUUCUCUGAAUACAUAAGAGAACCGAUGCGAAUACUUUAAGAAAGUGCAUUUGUGAUGGCAAGGGAAGGAAGCAGAAGGUCACUGACUUUGCUGUGUUUGUGUUGAACAGAAUGUCUGGGUAUUAAGAUUAUCUCGGGAUUGGGGCCUUAGUCUGCAGGCAAGAACAAAGUUACUUGUGGAUUAAGUGCCAGAGAGGUGCCUGGGGAGGCCUGCAGAUGCACCAAAGCCUUCCCUCCUGUGAGGGAGCAGGCCUGUGCUGCGAGCAGCUUGCUGACACUGGAGUGACGGGCCUGCCUGAGAGCAAGACGCCAUAUUUGUGGCUGGUUAGGGCAGUGGUGAACAAGGGGCAGCACCUGGCAGCCCGGCCCAGAUGCCUGCACGAUGGCCUGCUCUUAAGAGCAGCCACAGCAACCACAGGUCUUGCGAGUGAAUUUGGAAAACCAGUCCAUAGACUUUUAGCUGUAUUUUGAAAGUGUUCGGUGGUUGGAAACAAAAAGGGAUGCCAGCAAUGUGCGACUGGGCAGCUCCUCAAAAUUGCAUAUUGAGAAACACUUACAAUGUGCUUACGCAUAUCCGCUUGGGACGUGCUGUCUUUUGAAGAGUGAUUCUUCGGAUGGAGACUAGGGGAGGAAGGAAUGAGAUGCUAGAGAAACUCCACCCACACAAGGGAAAAUAAAUGUGGGCCUUUUGACAGGACUGGAAUAGUAGGCUGUGAUUUUAAAAUAGUGAUUCUGUAGAUACAGUAACUCAGGGAUGUUUCAAGAAAUAAUUGCAAUCGCAUUUCUCUACUUAAAUGUGGAUGUGGGAGAAGGAGAAAUGUUGUUUUUGGUAAACUUCUCUGCUUUUACCCUGGCUGAAUAUUUAAUAUAGUGUUACUCCAGCACAGCACUGUGUUUAACCAUCAAAAGCUUUCCAUUUUGCUGGGAAAAUGUAACUCACUCUUGGCUUGCAUUUCUCGAUUUGCUCAUUCCACAUGAGGCUGGGUUGCUACUUAACUAAAUAAACAGAAACUAACCCAGGGACUGGCCACUUCAGCUAAUGCAAGUUCACAUUUCAGCAGGCAGGGCUGACCACUGACCUCUCUCUUUUUAGUUUCACUAGAAGGUGUUGAUGAAUACAUUUGCAUGUGGCAAACCUUUUGCGUUUGUUUCCAGGGCUGGGGUGGCAAUGUUAAAAGAAAAACACAGUAGAAAGUGAUUAGCGUUCCAUGCAGCUCCUGGAGAAAUUAACAUUUCUUUCCAAUGCUCACCCUGUGUGCUUCUCUGUCAGCUCCUGGUGAUCUGUGCAGCCGUGAUAUCCUUUGCCCUCUGCAUUGCUGACAGUGCACUGGCACAUGGAGAGGUCUAAACCAGGUGAAGAGUCAGUUAAUUGCAUGCUUAAUUAAAUACUUAUGCCUUUACUUUGUGCAUUCGCUGCUGAAGCUAGGUCAGCAUUCUCUUGAUAUCCAUUCACUGAAACUAAAGCACACCACACGUUAAAGCUAAAAAAGUGGAACGCUUUCCUGCAGUUUUUUUCUUCAUUUCUUCCCUUAGAAAACAAAGGCUGCACCAGCACUGUGAGAAACACAUGUGGCUCCCACACGUGUGCUUUAGAUAGGUAGGGCACAAGCCAUGUGAGCCAUGAUAUGAAGUGUGCUUCUUCCAUUUGAAUUGGUGAGAAACUCGUUACGUCUUUGAAAAACUAUGCUUGCUGUAGUAAAACCUGUGCCGGCAAUGUUCUGGCUGCAUGAAAGUUCCACUGAAAUCCAGGGGAAUCACGGGCUUCCAGGAAAGGUCAAGUCUCUUCCUGUCUCUGCUAAGUACUAAGGGAUUUCACAAUCCCAUCAGAAGCAACAGUUUUUGUCUGCUGCUUAAGAUGAAGGUGAUUCUCACGUUCUCAAAGUUUUUGUUAAGAUGCUUCUUUUUUUCCUAA